AUGAACAAAUUUGAAGAUGAAUUAAGAUAUGCAUAAAAGGCAACUAGCAACGAAUUUCUGUCUUGGUUAUAGAAUGUCAGUUACGAACUUAUAAAAUAAAAAGAAUACUCUUAUGGCUAAGAAUUUUUUAGAUCAUAACAUAAUGUAUAUGAACUUAUAUUCAAAUAAAAUGGCAAUUUGAAUAAUAGUUUUCGCAAUACACAAUAAAGAUUUUCAUCAGUUGAAGACACACUUUUACUUAUAAAAUUGUUGCAUAUACUUUCACCAGAAGAAAUGUCAUUUUAUUCAGCGCUGCCUUUUGAACAUCCUUAUCAUCCUGUUUCAUUAGAUGUAUUACCUGCGCAUAUACAAUUAUAUUUUAAAGACCCAUCAAUUGCUCAUAUGAAUUAAUAAUUCUAUGCUUUUUAAGAAAUAUUUUAAGAGAAUAUUUUAGUUGAAAAAAAUUAACUAAAAUUUUGUGUUAGCUCAAAAAUGAUGUUUUGGAUAUAUUUAUUAAAUGGUGCCAUUAAUUUUAAGGAUAGUGCCUUGUAUGUGACAGAUAAUAGUCAAAAAGUGUUAGAUUGUGCUUUCAAUAAAUGCAAAAGGAAGAUGAACACAAAGGAUCCCUUAUUGAAGCAACUUACAUUUAAUCCAUACCUUGUUUUAGUGAGAAGAAUUAUAGAAUACAUGUACACCAAAGUGAAAGAAAAUAAUUAAAUCAUAAGCAAUUCAAAGAAACAAUUCACAAUCUUUACUUUUCAAUAGAUGAUUAUACUAUUAUAAGAAUAUUCAUUAUACGAACAUUUAUAUGUUUCUAAAUUAUUUGAACUGAAUCUAACUAUGGAUCAAUCGAAAUUACUGUACAAAAUCAAGCCAAGCAGCGUAGUCUUGGAUACUCAGAUGAUGCUCGUUUAUUUAACAAUAUUUUUUAACUCCUAAUAUGGGACUGAUUUGGAAACAAUGUAUUAAUAGUUUAAACCAUUUUUAAAAAAUUCUGAUAUUUCAACUAAAAGUCAUUAAUUCAUCUAUUAAAACAGAAGCUUUUUCUUUGAAUGUGGAAGAUAGUAGUAACCAAUAACUUAUUAACAAGGAUUAUAUAAGUUCUUUUAGUAAUCUUUCGAGAUUUAUCCUAAUGAGAGACAAUGUAAUUAAAUAACAAUAUAUUCACACAUAGCAGCAUAUGUUAUAUUUUUAAGGUGGUAAUUUGCUAAAUAUGAAUCCAGCAUUUAUAAUUAAGUUUUACUUUUCGAUUAAGCUUGCUUAUCCUGUGUUGCAUCAUCGAAUUAAAUUAUGGUUCAACUUUAAAAAAUGAAGGAUAUUACAUACAAAGGUAACAACCAAUUAACCAAAUUUAUUUUGAAUGAGCUCUAUCCUCUUUAUUAGGUGUUUAAAAAUAAAUUUGGAGAAUCUCCUUAAGCAAUUUUAUUUAAGGACUUCAAACCCCAAUAAAGAUUGUGUUAGUUUGAAUAUCUGGUUGACACUCAGACUAGAGAAUUGGAUCCCCAAAGAAAUUAUAUGAGAAAUUCGGUAAGACUCUAUUAUCCUUUUUACACAAAAUUGCUAAUUACAAUUUUUUAAUGUUUCAAUAAUUUAAAUUAUGUUAAUGAUUCAGAAUACUAAGGAUUGAUUCAUUUGUUGAUGUUUUUAAAUCCUCAUAAUUAAAAUUCAUUCUUUUGUGAUUCAUUAAAAUUUCUUGAUUAAGAACCUUAUUAAAUUCCAUCAUAUUCAGAAGUUAAGAAUUUUUGUGAUAUCUAUGUAAAAAACAAUAAUAAAAAAGACUUUGAAAUAAAAUAGCAGGAAAAUAUUAGAGUCUGGGUAUCUUAGAUAAUUUAAUUAUUGGCGUCAUAUCAAUAAAGAAAAGGCAUAAAAAACGAAAGUAUAUCAGAAUAUUUAGGUUAAUAAUUUAAUAUUUAAACAUCAAAAAUUAAUGUGAUUCCGAUCAAAAUUAUGAGUCCUUAGAAGAGUCUUGGUAGAUUAUCAAAAUAAAAAAUGUAAACUAAAAAUUUAAAUAAUUAGUAUAAUUCAGGAAUGGAAGGCUCCACUAAGAGAUUUCGAAUUUUAUGUUUUAUUUAUAAUAAUGUGGUAUCUGAGUUUAGGAUUAGAUAAGUUGAAGGGAUUACCUUAAAGUGAAUUUCCAUAAACGCAAUGGCCCAGGAAAUUUGCUUCCCCAAUAAACUUAUUUAUAGUGUUCAUAAUUCUUUAUGGUUUCUUAACAAUCAUUUUCAAGUUCAUUUGA